CCCCACCGCACUUGGCCCUUCUCCAGUGAGAACUGACGACUGAAGCCGCUGUUCCUCUCCGUUUCUCUCCAGCUUCUUCUCUGUUCCGUCUCUUCAAGUUUUUUCACCUGCACCGUUUUCACAUACAUUGUUCGCAGUAAAUAAUGCUAAUGGGGUUUGCUUUGAGGCGGCGAUCGAUAUCGACUUUGUCUCACCUCUGCCAAAGAAUCAAGCAAACAGAUAAUGAGAUAGUACAAAUGUUCCGAUUGCCUAGUCUCGAGAACGAAGUGCCAGACUUGGCUUUUAAGCGGAAUUUACCGAAGAAGAACCCUUAUGCUCGGACAUUGGACAAGAGAUUUAUUAGAAUUUUGAAAAUAUUUAAGUGGGGGCCUGAUGCAGAGAAGGCAUUGGAAGUGCUAAAGUUGAAGGUGGACCAACGGUUGGUUUGUGAGGUUUUGGCUAUAGAUGUAGAGAUUAAUGUUAAGAUCCAGUUCUUCAAGUGGGCCGGGAAAAGAAAGAAUUUUGAAAAUGACUCUACGACAUACUUGGCUUUGAUUCAUUGUUUAGAUGAAGCGGGACUUAUUGGCGAAAUGUGGAAAACCAUCCAAGACAUGGUUCGGAGCACAUGUGUUAUCAGUCCCGCUGAAUUGUCCGAGAUUGUGAGAAUAUUAGGCAAGGGUAAAAUGGUGAACAAGGCUCUCUCCGUGUUUUAUCAGAUUAAAAGCCGCAAGUGCCAGCCGACAGCUAGUACUUACAAUGCUAUAAUCCUGAUGUUGAUGCAAGAAGGGCACCACGAAAAAGUUCACGAGCUCUAUAAUGAGAUGUGUAAUGAGGGUAACUGUUUACCGGACACAGUAACAUACAGUGCGCUUAUGUCCACUUUCGGUAAGUUAGGCCGUUAUGAUUCCGCCAUUAGAUUGUUUCAGGAAAUGAAGGAGAGUGGAUUGCAGCCUACACCAAAGAUAUAUACAACCUUAAUUGAAAUCUAUUUUAAGCUAGAUAAGACCGAGGCAGCUUUGUGUCUAGUGCAGGAGAUGACAGGAAAUGGCUGUAGCCCUACUGUCACUUACACAGAGUUGAUAAAGGGGCUCGGAAAAGCCGGAAGGGUAGAAGAUGCCUAUGGAAUAUUCAUGAGCAUGUUAAAAGAAGGUGGUAGGCCUGAUGUUGUGCUUAUUAACAACAUGAUUAACAUUUUGGGCAAAGUGGGUCGACUAGAAGAUGCUCUUAAGGUUUUUAAUGAAAUGAAGUCUUGGCAAUGUGUACCAAAUGUUGUAACAUAUAACACUGUAAUUAAAGCUUUAUUUGACUACAAAGCCCCGAUUUCCGAGGCAUCUUCGUGGUUUGAGAAGAUGAAGUCCGAUGGUGUUGUUCCCAGUUCAUAUUCGUAUUCCAUCCUUAUUGAUGGCCUCUGCAAGGCAAGCAGAGUCGAGAAAGCUUUGUUACUCCUUGAAGAGAUGGAUGAAAAAGGUUUUCCUCCUUGUCCGGCUGCAUAUUGUAGCCUGAUCAACAGUCUAGGAAAGGCAAAACGAUAUGAAGCUGCAAAUGAGUUAUUUCAGGAAUUGAAAGAGAAUUGUGGAAGUUCAAGUGCUCGGCUUUAUGCCGUGAUGAUAAAACUUUUCGGAAAGUGCGGUAAUCUGAGUAAGGCUGUUGAUCUAUUCAAUGAGAUGAAGAAGCUGGGAUGCAAUCCUGAUGUUUAUACUUACAAUGCACUCAUGUCGGGGAUGGUAAGAGCAGGCAUGAUAGAUGAAGCUCAAUCCUUACUGAGAACUAUGGAAGAAAACAGUUGCGUCCCGGACUUGAAUUCUCAUAACAUCAUUCUAAAUGGCUUAGCUAGGACAGGUGGCCCAAACCGGGCAAUCGAAAUGCUUACAAAGAUGAAGAAUUCAAAGAUUAAACCGGAUGUGGUAUCGUAUAGUACUGUUCUUGGCUCUCUCAGUCGAGCUGGUAUGUUUGAAGAGGCUGCGAAGUUAAUGAAGGAGAUGAAAGCUAGAGGUUUUGAAUACGAUAUCAUCACCUACUCAUCAAUACUCGAGCCAGUUGGCAAGGUUGAUGAAGAUCUUAGUCCUACUUUCUGACGGAGUCCUGAUCUUUAGGGUCCCUAGAAGUUAAAAGAAAACAAAAUUCAAGUGGCAGAGUUAGCUUCUUCAAAUAUGCAAGAUGAUGUAGAGCUGUCAGCAAAUUUGCUGAAACAUCGUCUUACAUACUAUACUAAUCCAACAAUUUAUCCGUCUCGAAUGGACUGGGAACUGGGUUAUUUUGGGUUUUCUUCAUAGAGGCUGCAAAGCUCUCUCCUUCCUAUACUUCUUCAACGUAUACAACCGGUUCUGACUAUGAGUGUCCUUUCAGUCUUUGAAACCUCUGAAACGUUCUCUGGAACUUCUUGCCAUUCCUCGGAC